AAUCAGAAACGUUAAACUAAUCUUCUUUUCAAUAUAAUUAGUCGCAAUUACUUCAUCUUUUUUUUAUCGCCAUAAUUCUCAGUAUACCUUGUAUUCAAAACAAUGGGGAGUUGCUGUCAGCUUUUGCGUCGUAUUGUAAUGCAUAAUAUUAGAAAGACUAGCUGGUAUAUGAUAUCCUCUCAUGUAAUAUCUUUUAUAUUUCUUCCUUCCUUCUUGAUAACUAUCGCUGUCCUAUUCGAGUAUCGUUAUCUCAGAGCAAUAGCUGGUGUUUACUCCGUUUUGGCUCUAGGUUUUGCCGUCAACAUGUUUCUCUUACCAGUUCAAAAAGCAUUAGCCGAGGCAAAAGAAAGGCAAUCUGCAGAUAGAUCGAGAAUUGAUGUAGAAGCUUCUUCUGAAACUGAACCAAUGGACCAGGUUAUUGAGCCCGUCCAAAGAUCUACUUCAUUUUGGACUGAGGCGCUUAGGAAUUAUCCAUAUCCACAUUGGCUAUCAUCACCAGCUGCUGUCGCUCCAAGUUCAGAAUCCGAUACAUUGAAGAAGAUUCGUCUGCAUAAUGAAAGGUUAGGUGCCAAGCCAGGAACGCAUUCUGAUGUUGCUGAAACUUCUUUCAUUAGGAAUGUGGAAAGUAGUGAAGUUGAAGGCAAUUUGCAAGUGACACACAGAAGUCUCCAUCCAUCAAGAUCUCCCGAGGAAGAAUCAAAUCCUUCAUCACAAAUUGUCACUGAAGCUGAAGUUUAUAGACCAAACACUGGCGGAAUGGAAAAAGUUCACGAGAUAUAGCGUCGAUUUGGCUUUAAUCGUGUUUUAUUUUUUCAUUUUUUUUGGAAAUUUCAUAUGCAAUCUUUAAUUUUAUUUGGAUAAUCUGAGAAAUAACUUAAUCCUUCAUCGUUUAUUGUCACUGAAGUUAAGUUUAAGGAACAAACUCUGGAGAAAGUAAUUGAAAGAAAAAUUGACAAGAUAUACCAAUGAUUCAAAGGUUUUAAUCGUAUGUUUAUAGGCAACUUAUACUCUUUUAUUAAAUAUUUAAGGAUUC